UGCCAGCAGUUCUGUUUAUUAUUGGUUUUAUUGUCAUUUAUCUUUGUUUCCUUUUAUUGAAACACAAUUCAAUUCCUCCACCAGGUCAUUGUUACUGUUAUCAAGUACAAUGUACUACUGGUGAUAUUGUUACUGAUACCCUCCAGUCAGUAGCAUUACCUGGAGAUAUUAAAAUGUUCUCUUUAAUUUCUCAUCUCCUCCUCCUCUUAUCAGGAGAUGUGGAACUUAAUCCUGGACCUACUGUUGAAGAAGCUUGUAAAAAAGUAAAAGAGAUCCUUCGUUCACACUAUGCUGUAUUAGAAGAAGCAACCAAAGGCAGUCUCAGUAGCAUAUUGUCACAUUUAUAUGCUAAAGGAAUUAUCACAAAGACAGUAAGAGAUUCUCAAUCACUGAACUACAAUAAAAUGAUAGAUGAGUUUGAAGCAAAGCUCUCAUUAUUAAAAGAUGUGUCAGAAUUAAAGGCACAUUGUCAAGUGUUUGUUGAGUGUAUAUCUCAAGGUGGACCAACUGAUGCUGCUGCUAGAUCAUUAGAUAGUGAAUGGGGAAAAGUAUUUGAUAUGGAAUCAUUAUUACCAGCAGCAUCAUCAAUGAUAUCAUCUACUUCACUAGUAUCUACUAUAGCACCAACAGGUUUUAUUCAUAGUAAUGAUACAUCGAGCACAAAUGAUCUCACUAUGACAUUAUCAUCACAAAGUGUUAAUGCAGGUGCUACCUCUCAUGACAUAAAUCUAACUGAUCCUUUCAUAUGUGAAGAAAGUGAAAAGGAAGUGUAUAAGUCUUUAGAAUGACUUACAUCAGAAGUUUUCAGAUUUAGUUACAAUUUUUGAAACAAAUUUUGAAGAAAAAUCUAAUCACAACAGUCAACUAGUGACUGAUGUAUCAAAGUGGCUUAUAGUACACAUGAAGUGGAAACGUGGCUCAGUAGAUAGCAAUAUUGAUAAUAUUUUAAAUAAAAUUGAACCAUAUUACGACUUUAUUGAUUG